CCGCCUGUGUGGGUGCGCCCGUGCGUGUGCGUGCGUGCGUGUGUGUGUAGAAAAAAAAAGUCAAACCUUUUUAUAAUUGUCUAAGCAUGAAUUUUGAUCAUUUAGAUAUAUGAUUGAUUGGAAUACUUAUUUUAACAUUUGAGCAUCAGCAUUAUACUAGGUAUGUAUAGAAUAUAAAUUCAGAAGCGUUCUUCAUAUAAGGAAGUGGUAGAAAAAUACUUUCCUCUUCUGAUUAACUGGUAUGUUUCAUAUUAUCAGAUAGUAAGAAGUACAGGAGCUGCUGUGACUUUUUCAAUGCCAGAGAGUAUUGUAUCUAAAUUUAAUGCUUGAUUGUGGUGACCAUUCUUAGCCUAGAUAUCUGGUACAAUUAUCACUACCUUUCUUUACUCUGUGACUUUUAAUGCUUUACACUUUUUAAUGGUACAGUUAUUUGUGUCUCACUUUCUCUUUGAUAAGUAGCCUCAAAUUCUUUUUGGAUGCAGGUUAGGUAUAAAUACUGAGGGUAAUAAUAAAAAGUUAAUGUGAAAUACACCUUUUCUUUUUCUCCUCUAUUAAGUCACAUUUCCCUCCUCUCAAUGUUUAUAGAAGCCAAUUCUGCUAAUAUUGUACUCUUAAGAACUCUUGCUUAGAACUGUUGUAGUAUGUGUUUUGUCAGUGUCUUUCGUUCAUGUGAAUAUUUUUGUGGUGACAGGUGGUGUUUUGGUAAUGAGUGUUUUGUAUUUCUAUUAUAUAGAUUGUUUUCUAAAAUGUGCUGUACCUUCUAGAAUCAUUUACCGUGCCCUUUUUUGUUGUUCUAGAUGACUUAAACCAUACCUUUCUUUUCUUCAGCCUUUCCUUUAUUUUUUGCUCCUUCCCACACAAAAAGGCUUCUUUUAUUGCCCUCAUCAUCAUUAUUAUUAAAAAGGUGUUUGUGAAUCUACUAUAUUCAUAGGCUUUCUAUUUUUCAGUAAAAAGGGGUGUCUACCUUGCCUUUUGUCCUGUAUGUACCAUGAGGAAGUGUUACUUCUUGUUCCCCUAAGGAUGGGUAGAAUAGGAUUUAAACUACAAGGCAAGGGAUGGUAGUAGUUUGGUGACUAGAUAUCGAUCUGGGGUAAAACACUGGGUCCCUCUGAUAUCUGAGCCUCCCCGUAUCGUAAUUUGGAAAUUUGUUUUUCCUGCAGUUUAGCCAGCUUCCGUCUGUCUCUUUGAUUUAAUAAUGGUACAUUUCUUUGGGUAUAGCCAACUUCAUUUGGGGUCUUCAUUCACAAGGAAGUGUGGGUUCUUUUCCUAAUGUUAAUUUGCCUGCUAUAGUACUAUCUUUAGUCUUUGGUGUAUUCGAGAUCCGAGUGUGAAGCAAGAAAUGUUCUUGCUCUGCUUCCUUGUCCAUGUGACUUGAAUGAGAGUGCACGGUCAUUCACUCUGUUUUCCAUAUUAUGGUGUGUAAUCUAUCUUUCUUUUAAUUUUGUUUGAAUCUCUAAUCAGGCUCAGGUUCAGGAUACAGGUUGAUCAGACACUUAUCAGAUCCUUUUAUUUUGUACCACGUAUGUAAGGGAAGAGUAGGUCAUGUCCGUCAGUCCUGUGAUUAAUCAGAAAGAGGGUCUUGUAAAUAUAUAAUUUGUCUUCCAUCCCAUGAUAUUUGUCAUGUAUUUGUAAGGAAGUCUUUCUUUGUAUAUAUUGACAAUGGGCGGCAGCCCCUGAUUUUUUAUAUGAUGGGACAAAGUAAAGGAUAGUUUGUUGCUGUCAGUAUGCUGGCUGUGUAUUUCUGAGGUUGUGUUGCAUCUUUCUGCUUUGAACGCCAUUGCUUGUAGAAGGUCAUGGGCCUCCUUGUGUAAAGAUUGGUAAUGCUUCCUGAGCAUUUUUUUAGCUCAUUACCCUGGACUAAAAGAGAAAUAUUAUGUACCCCACUGCAAAGAGAGGCCAAGUGUCAGCCACAUUACUUCCCUUUGCACUCUUUUUUUAGAGGAUUGUUCGUUUACUUUCAACUGAUUGACACAGCAUAAGAUGGAAGGACCCCAGAUAUUUUUUAAUGGUUCUUCCGCAUUCACCCCCAGUGCUUUGUUGAUUCUUGAUACAGUUGCUUGUCUUCUUAUACACGAGUCCUUUGCUCAUUUAGAAAAGUCCUGUCACUUUUUUUUUCCUCCAAAUUUAAGCAGGCCUUUCAAGUCAUGUAACAUAUCCCUUCCUGAGACCUUGAGCAGAAGGUGACCAGGAGGGAGAUGCGUGGGUUUGGGGCUGUAUUCAUCACUCUGCUCUCUGCAAUAUAGUUUCAUAGUUACAUGUGCACAAAGUGGCAUGCCUUGCAAGAAAUGUUUGGGACUGAGUUCUUAACAUUCUUAAAUGUGUUAAUAAUUGGAGACUAAUUAAGUAGCAUAAGUCUUAAACCACUAAUCUCGCUUCGUAAAGGCAUCUAAAAUGCCCCCCAUCUUCUAAUGCCCCCAUCUUCCCCCCCCAAAAUCCAACAACAGCCAUAACAACAAAAUCCUCAAAAAGCAAAACAUGAUCACUCCUGCUCUAAGGUUAGUCACUAGCUUUGGACGUGAUACCUAAUUGGUACUUUUAGAUGUACAGUCUCAAUGGGGUUGACGUGUGAAAAGCCUUUUGGGACACACAAUUUCCAUUCAUUCAACAGAACAUGUACUGUCUCUCCUAUUUUUCCUUAUCAUUUACCUCAAGGGAAGAUUAUGUAUUUCGUCAGUUAAAAACACUUGCAAAAUGGAUUGCUUUUCCUCAUUUAUUCUCACUUACCCAUUGGAAUGAGUUCUGACAUUCGUCUUCUCAUGAUAAUAGUAAAUUACUAUGCCCCGACUUUUGUGUUCAACGUCUGUGAGAUAACGGGGAGCUAAUUCCCAGUAAGGACAGUAGGACAAGUUGUGACUAUAACUUUCUCCAUACAGCAUAUGACUUAUUGCAGGAAUGAUUUAUACUUUCAACUAAAUCUUAGUGUCUGUAACAAGUGAUAAACUUAUUAUUUAAUCUUUUUCGCAGUGCACGUUUAACAAGCUGUAUCCGUGUGUUAUACUAGAAUGAUACACAGAUACAACCAGAGGUACUCCUUCAACUGAAAACAAACAAACAAAAAAAAACAGCCAAAAAAAGAAAACAGAAAGCCCUUCUUUCCAGUUUUGAAAAAAAAGGUAUAUAUGUAUUUUUUCCUUCAUCAGGCUUGAUUUAGAUUUGUAGGAGGCAUUUUUGAAGGUAUGUUAAUACUACCAAGAACUAACUUAAUCUUUUAAAACUUAUAUUUGGUUUUUUAUCUUUUUCUUAAAAGUCAUUUCUGAGGAUGUAUGUGCCCCAUUGGUUUUCUGGGGCACUUGGAUAUCAAACCAUUUGGGAGCAGUAAAUGGGUACAAGGUGUGAAAUUACCGAAUAGAAAGAAAAAAAGAUGCUUUAGUGAAAAAUUACCCAUUUAUUAUUAAAAAUAAUCUCAAAGUGAUGAUUGGAAGUGUAAAUUCAGAUAUUUUAAGAAAAAGCGGCAUGCUGAUGUGGUUACCAUUGUGAAACCAAUGUAUGUAUUGUAUAAAGAACAUUCCGCAAAUGGGGAUGUUUAAAAGAUGAAGUUGAUGGGAUUGGUUUUUUUUAAAGUGCUAAGGGUUUUUUUUUUUCCUUUAAAAAUUAAUUAAAAUAAAAUAGCCCUUCUUAGUGAAGAAAAUGUAAACUUUAAUGAACGUUCAGCCGAGUGAAACACUUAAAACGUUAAGAUUCAAGAUAAGGAAUUUUUAUCGUGAAUCCACAAGGGGGUAGUGAUGUUCUAUCAAAGAUAUUUGUGGUGGCAACGUGAGAUGAUCUCUUCUAACAUUUUAGAUUUACAGAUAAAACUGGCAUGCUUGCAUUUUAACUUAAUAAGAUCUUCUUUUAAAAAUGUUUAUUGACAAAACUGUUUAUCGCUUAAAUUUUUAAAAAAUCCAUUUGGGUGAAUGGCUACUUUAAGCUCUAUGAAUGGUAAAGAAGAGAGAAUGUCCUUGUAGUUUUGUGCUUCUGGGAGUUUACUAAGAAUCUGAGGGUCACUUAUUUUCCAAGAAUGUAGUAAUCUUAAAUUUCCUGGGAAACAUUAGGAAUCUAGGAAUCAGUAACUUAAGUGUCCCAGAUAAAAGGAUUUUAGUAAAUUGUGUCUAAAUUUUACAGAAGUUUGUAUUCUUAGUUGUAUUUUUAGCUCUGCCAAGAGAUGAAAAAUGUGAACAAUCCACACCACUAGCCGCUUUUAAUAGUUCUGAGUUAAUCAAAUUUUUAUAAUCUCUUUUCUUAUUAGUUUAUAUGGUAUCAUUAGAUAGAAGCCUUUUUUUUCCUCUCCCCCACACAUAAAAACUCCAGUAGCUUGCCUCUGGUCACUGUGUCCUAUCCUGUUGUAUUCAGAAUUACUUAAAAUUAGGUGUGGUGUGGCAGUGCCAGGUAGUUUUCAAUGGAGGAAUAAAACCUGUCUAGCUGUAUCAUGCACUCUUUUUUGAAUGAUAUGCCAUGUGGUGGGAGAAAGAUUUAAGGUUGGGAUGGGGGGACUACGUUCUAUUUAUUUAGAGUUAAACAAUUAUCUUUAAAAAAUGUUACUUCUAACAUUAAUAACAUGAAACAUGCCCAUGGUUUAGAAGUUACGCUUGUUUGUGGGCUAUACACAUUGUUUAUUUUUCAUUUUUGGUGUAGGGAAUUGUUAGUUAAUAUAGCUUUUCUGUUUUUUUUUUUUAGUAUCUUUUUCCUUUCCUCUUUCUGAGCGAGGGCUUUUUCUUUUAUCUCCUUUGCUAAAUGACUUUGGUGAUUUAACAUCCCCAAAGAUGCACUGUUUUUUUUCACAUACUACUCUAAGCUCUACCGGGAGCUGAACUAUGAUGUCAGCAUUUUCAUUCAUGAAUUUGAUUCUUCUAAAUCUCUUUUCUUGUUUUGUAUUUCUGAACUGACUUCUGGCACAUGCACAAAUCGGUUUAACAUCAGUCAGCCCAUAAAUCAACGAUAAAAGGUAAAAGAUAAGGUAGUGGGGUUGUUAUUUAGAUAGUGCUGUAGUCUUGCUGAUUUGCAUCAGUGUAGUUUGGAUAAGGUUUCUGGCCAAACUGAUUGAAAUCUAAAAACAGUUUAAUUAUCUUACGGUUUUGUGGAUUGAGCUGUGUUGUGAACAUUUUGACACUAAAUUUUUGUUCUUGCAUGAGGUUCUGAUUCCUGUGCUGCAGCUGCAUUGUCAUAAAGUAGUAUUUUAUAAUUUGACUUGGAGGAUUUUACUUUAUUUCAGAGAGAUUAGGUUGGGAGAUUAAAUUACAUUCCAUUCAGAUUAUUUAUGUAAUGAAUUUGGUCUUUCCCUUUUGAUCAUUCUGUUGAUUUUGAAAUAUUUUAAAGAACUUUAUUGUGGUACUUUUACUUUUUAAUGUUACUAUAAUUGUUAUCAUUAGAGAACUAGUGUAGCAUCCCUUGUGUCAGAAUUGGGUUUCAUUUCCCCUAGAUUGUACACUCAUGUAGCCGUUGACUUCAGUUUCUUCUCCAGGGAGGUCACUGCUUGUAAUUUAGUACUGCGUGAGAGCAGUUUUUGAAGAAAUCUUAUUUGGAGUUUUCCUCUGCAGGGCCGAGUUUGAGGCUGAGCCUCCGGCGCAUGGCAUCUUUCGAGCCUCCUGUAGUUGAUGAAUGAGCGUUUCCCAAAGUGUAUUCUGCGGAACUAGCACCUACUGUGUUCUCAACAGCGUGCCACCUAUAGAAGAUGAUCAUGGGAACAGCAAUAGUAGUCAUGUAAAAAUCUUUUUACCGAAAAAGCUGCUUGAAUGUCUGCCGAAAUGUUCAAGUUUACCAAAAGAGAGGCACCGCUGGAACACUAAUGAGGAAAUUGCAGCUUAUUUAAUAACAUUUGAGAAACACGAAGAAUGGCUAACCACAUCCCCUAAGACAAGACCACAGAAUGGCUCUAUGAUACUCUACAACAGGAAGAAGGUGAAAUACAGGAAAGAUGGGUAUUGCUGGAAAAAGAGGAAAGAUGGGAAAACGACCAGAGAGGAUCACAUGAAACUGAAGGUCCAGGGAGUGGAGUGCUUGUACGGCUGCUAUGUCCAUUCCUCCAUCAUCCCCACCUUCCACCGGAGGUGCUACUGGCUCCUUCAGAACCCCGACAUCGUCCUGGUGCACUACCUGAAUGUGCCAGCCAUCGAGGACUGCGGCAAGCCCUGCGGCCCCAUCCUCUGCUCCAUCAACACCGACAAGAAGGAGUGGGCAAAAUGGACAAAAGAGGAGCUCAUCGGGCAGCUCAAGCCCAUGUUCCACGGCAUCAAGUGGACCUGCAGCAAUGGGAACAGCAGCUCAGGCUUCUCGGUGGAGCAGCUGGUGCAGCAGAUCCUUGACAGCCACCAGACCAAGCCCCAGCCCCGGACCCACAACUGCCUCUGCACUGGCAGCCUGGGAGCAGGCAGCAGCAUGCACCACAAGUGUAACAGUGCCAAACACCGCAUCAUCUCACCCAAGGUGGAGCCACGGACCGGGGGGUACGGGAGCCACGCGGAGGUGCAGCACAACGAUGUGUCAGAGGGCAAGCACGAGCACAGCCACAGCAAGAGCUCGAGCCGUGAGAAGCGCAAUGGCAAGGUGGCCAAGCCAGUUCUGCUGCACCAGAACAGCACCGAGGUGUCCUCCACCAACCAGGUAGAGGUCCCCGACACCACCCAGAGCUCCCCCGUGUCCAUCAGCAGUGGGCUUAACAGCGACCCGGACAUGGUGGACAGCCCCGUGGUCACCGGUGUAUCCAGCAUGGCGGUAGCCUCCGUGAUGGGGAGCCUGUCCCAGAGCGCCACGGUGUUCAUGUCAGAGGUCACCAAUGAGGCCGUGUACACCAUGUCCCCCACUGCUGGCCCCAACCACCACCUCCUCUCACCUGAUGGCUCUCAGGGCCUGGUCCUGGCUGUGAGUUCUGAUGGCCACAAGUUCACCUUCCCCACCACGGGUAGCUCCGAAAGCUUAUCAAUGCUGCCCACCAACGUGUCUGAAGAGUUGGUCCUUUCCACCACCCUUGACGGUGGCCGGAAGAUUCCAGAAACCACCAUGAACUUUGACCCCGACUGUUUCCUCAACAACCCAAAGCAGGGCCAGACCUAUGGGGGCGGAGGCCUGAAGGCCGAGAUGGUCAGCACCAACAUUCGGCACUCGCCACCCGUGGAGAGGAGCUUCAGCUUCACCACCAUCCUCACCAAGGAGAUCAAGACUGAGGACACCUCCUUCGAGCAGCAGAUGGCCAAGGAAGCAUACUCCUCCUCUGCCGCAGCCACCGCCUCCAGCUCCCUCACGCUGACCACCGGCUCCAGUCUGCUGCCCUCAGGCGGCGGCCUCAGCCCCAGCACCACCCUGGAGCAGAUGGACUUCAGCGCCAUAGACUCCAACAAGGACUACACAUCCACCUUCAGCCAGACGGGCCACAGCCCCCACAUCCACCAGACCCCCUCCCCGAGCUUCUUCCUGCAGGAUGCCAGCAAGCCCCUCCCCCUCGAGCAGAACGCCCACAGCAGCCUGAGUGACUCUGGGGGCACCUUCGUGAUGCCCACGGUGAAGACAGAGGCCUCAUCCCAGACCAGCUCUUGCAGCGGCCAUGUGGAGACUCGGAUAGAGUCCACCUCCUCCCUCCACCUCAUGCAAUUCCAGGCCAACUUCCAGGCCAUGACGGCGGAAGGGGAGGUCACCAUGGAGACUUCACAGGCAGCCGAGGGCGGCGAGGUCCUCCUCAAGUCCGGGGAUCUGCAGGCCUGUAGCUCUGAGCACUACCUGCAGCCCGAGAGCAAUGGGGUGAUCCGGAGCGCCGGCGGCGUGCCCAUCCUCCCAGGCAACGUGGUACAGGGCCUCUACCCAGUGGCCCAACCCAGCCUGGGCAAUGCCUCCAACAUGGAGCUCAGCCUGGACCACUUUGACAUCUCCUUUAGCAACCAGUUCUCCGACCUGAUCAAUGACUUCAUCUCCGUGGAGGGGGGCAGUGGCACUAUCUACGGACACCAGCUGGUGUCAGGGGACAGCACGGCACUCUCGCAGGCGGAGGAUGGGGCCCGCGCGCCCUUCACCCAGGCCGAGAUGUGCAUCCCUUGCUGCAGCCCCCAGCAGGGGGGCCUGCAGCUCAGCAGCGCUGAGGGCGCGGCCAGCACCAUGGCCUACAUGCACGUCGCCGAGGUGGUCUCGGCCGCCUCGGCCCAGAGCACCCUAGAGAUGCUGCAGCAGAGUGGACGGGUGUUCAUGGUGACCGACUACUCGCCGGAGUGGUCCUACCCAGAGGGAGGAGUGAAGGUCCUGAUCACAGGCCCGUGGCAAGAAGCCAGCAAUAACUACAGCUGCCUGUUCGACCAGAUCUCAGUGCCUGCGUCCUUGAUUCAGCCUGGGGUACUGCGCUGCUACUGCCCAGCCCAUGACACUGGUCUCGUGACCCUACAAGUUGCCUUCAACAACCAGAUCAUCUCCAACUCGGUGGUGUUUGAGUACAAAGCCCGGGCGUUGCCCACUCUCCCUUCCUCCCAGCACGACUGGCUGUCGUUGGAUGAUAACCAGUUCAGGAUGUCCAUCCUAGAACGACUGGAGCAGAUGGAAAGGAGGAUGGCUGAGAUGACGGGAUCCCAGCAGCACAAGCAGGGGGCUGGAGGAGGAGGUAGCAGUGGAGGUGGCAAUGGGAGUGGAAAUGGAGCAAGUCAAGCUCAGUGUGCUUCUGGGACUGGGACUUUGGGGAGCUGCUUUGAGAGCCGCGUGGUUGUUGUAUGUGAGAAGAUGAUGAGCCGAGCCUGCUGGGCAAAAUCCAAGCAUUUGAUCCAUUCAAAGACUUUCCGUGGAAUGACCCUCUUACACCUGGCUGCUGCCCAGGGUUAUGCCACUCUAAUCCAGACCCUCAUCAAAUGGCGCACAAAGCAUGCAGAUAGCAUUGAUUUGGAACUGGAAGUUGACCCCUUGAAUGUGGAUCACUUCUCCUGUACUCCUCUGAUGUGGGCAUGUGCUCUUGGGCACUUGGAAGCUGCUGUCGUGCUGUAUAAGUGGGACCGUCGGGCCAUCUCUAUUCCUGACUCUCUAGGAAGGCUGCCUUUGGGGAUUGCCAGGUCAAGGGGUCAUGUGAAAUUAGCAGAGUGUCUGGAGCACCUGCAGAGAGAUGAGCAGGCUCAGCUGGGACAGAAUUCCAGAAUCCAUUGCCCUCCAAGCGAAGAGCCUAAUACAGAUAGCUGGAUGGCCCAGUGGCACAGUGAUGCCAUCAGCUCUCCAGAAAUUCCCAAAGGAGUCACUGUUAUUGCAAGUACCAAUCCAGAGCUGAGAAGACCUCGGUCUGAACCCUCUAAUUACUACAGCAGUGAGAGCCACAAAGAUUAUCCAGCUCCCAAAAAGCAUAAAUUGAACCCUGAGUACUUCCAGGCAAGGCAGGAGAAGCUGCUUUCCACUGCACUGAGUCUGGAACAGCCAAAUAUCAGGAAGCAGAGCCCUAGUUCUAAGCAGUCUGUCCCUGAGACAAUCAGCCCCAGUGAAGGAGUGAGGGACUACAGCCGGGAACUCUCCCCUCCCACUCCAGAGACUGCAGGAUUCCAAGCCUCUGGAUCUCAGCCUGUAGUAAAGUGGAAUUCCAAAGAUCUUUACAUUGGUGUGUCUACAGUACAGGUGACUGGAAAUCCGAAGGGGACCAGUGUAGGAAAGGAUGCAACACCUUCACAGGUGCGUCCACGGGAACCAAUGAGUGUCCUGAUGAUGGCUAACAGAGAGGUGGUGAAUACAGAGAUGGGGUCCUACCAUGAUAGUGCAGAAAACGAAGAAUGCUCACAACCCAUGGAUGAUAUACAGGUGAACAUGAUGACCUUGGCAGAACACAUUAUUGAAGCCACACCUGACCGAAUUAAGCAGGAGAAUUUUGUGCCCAUGGAGUCCUCAGUGUUGGAAAGAACAGAUACUGCUGCUAUUAGCAGUACAAUGAGCUGGCUGGCCAGUUACCUAGCUGAUGUCGAUCAUCUGCCAAAUGCUGCCCAGAUCAGAAGUGCAUAUAACGAGCCUCUAACCCCUUCUUCUAAUACCAGCUUGAGCCCUGUAGGCUCUCCCAUCAGUGAAAUAGCUUUCGAGAAACCUAGCCUUCCCUCAGCAGCAGACUGGUCUGAAUUCCUGAGUGCAUCUACCAGUGAGAAGGUAGAGAAUGAGUUUGCUCAGCUAACUCUGUCUGAUCAUGAACAGAGAGAACUCUAUGAAGCUGCCAGGCUUGUCCAGACAGCUUUCCGGAAAUACAAGGGCCGACCCUUGAGGGAACAGCAAGAAGUAGCUGCUGCUGUCAUUCAGCGUUGUUAUAGGAAAUACAAACAGCUGACAUGGAUAGCCUUGAAGUACGCACUUUAUAAAAAGAUGACACAGGCUGCCAUCCUUAUCCAGAGCAAAUUCCGAAGUUACUAUGAACAAAAAAAGUUCCAGCAGAGCCGACGUGCUGCUGUGCUGAUCCAGAAGUAUUACCGGAGCUAUAAGAAGUGUGGCAAAAGACGGCAGGCUCGCCGGACAGCUGUAAUUGUACAACAGAAACUCAGGAGCAGUUUGCUAACCAAAAAGCAGGACCAAGCUGCUCGAAAAAUAAUGAGGUUUCUACGCCGCUGCCGCCACAGCCCCCUGGUGGACCAUAGGCUGUACAAAAGGGUGAGUUUAGCUGCCUGCUAGCCAGUUUAUCUUCCAUUUUCGAUAUUUUGCUUUUUGCUUGCUUGCAUGGGGCUGCAGCCUAGGUAUGCCAGUAAGUUUCACAUCCAUUUUGAAUGAAAUAAGAUAAAAAAAACUAACCCUAAUUACUAACACUGCUGUUUUAUACGACAGGAGAACAGUCUCAUACAGUAGAUGUACAAAUGCAUGAGUAAGUAAAAGGGAGGCACCUUCUGAGGCCACCGCAGCAGGGCAUGCAUAGAACUUGGUGGAAACUUCUUCAGUAUACAAAAGUGUCUGGUGGUACGAGUUUAAAAUCUAAA